CAAAAAAAGGCAAAACCAACCCGAUUCCACCAUAAUCAAUUUUCCUCUUUUGUUUUCUUUCUACCGUUGGCCGAGCCAGUGUGUCAUAAACAGUACAGAUCCUUCGUGUCGUUAACCAUGGCUACCAUCGUUCUUGGUGUUCAGUGGGGAGAUGAGGGCAAAGGCAAACUUUGUGAUAUCCUCAGCUCUGAUGCAGACAUCUGCGCAAGAGGAACGGGGGGCAGGAACUGCGGGCACACCGUCGUCGCGAAUGGGGUUACCUACGACUUCCACAUGCUGCCCUCGGGCCUCGUGAACCCCUCGACAACCAACCUGAUCGGGUCAGGGGUUGUCCUCCACGUGCCCACGUUCUUCUCCGAGCUCGCCACUCUGGAGCAGAAGGGCCUGCCGCGGGUCCGCGAGAGGCUCAAGGUCUCCACCCGCUGCGCCCUGAAUCUCGACCUCCACGCCGUCGCGGACCGCAUGCGAGAGGAGAACCUCGGUGCCAAGAAGAUCGGCACCACGGGGCAGGGCAUAGGGCCCGCCUACAGCGCGAAGGCGGAGCGGUCUCACUGCGUCAUUGUCGCGGACCUCUUCGAGGAUGGCGGCGUCUUCGAAGAUAAGAUCAGGACCCUGGCUCAGGUGUACGCGAGGACCUUUGGCCGGGACUUGAUCGACUACGAUGUCGAGGAGGAGAUCUCGAAGUUGAAGGAAUACCGUUCCCAACUGCUGCCCUUCUGCGUGGAUGACGUCGAGUUCCUCGAGGAGGCGCAGAAGCAGAACAAGAAGAUCAUGGUGGAAGGGGCGCAGUCGGCCAUGCUGGACAACACCUACGGCACGUACCCGUUCGUGACGUCCACGUCGACGACGCUCGGCGGCAUAAUGUCGGGGCUGAACCUCAACCGCCGCAAGAUCGACGCCGUGGUCGGCGUCCUCAAGGCGUACACGACGCGCGUGGGCGCCGGGCCGUUCCCGACCGAGCAGCCCGGGGAGGUGGGCACGACGCUGCGGGAGCGGGGCCACGAGGUCGGAGUGACGACGGGCCGGCCGCGGCGGUGCGGCUGGCUGGACCUGGUUGUGGCGCGGUACUCCAACGCGGUCAACGCCUACGACGUGCUCAACGUGACCAAGCUCGACGUCCUCGACACCCUCGGCGAGAUCCGCGUCGCGGUCGCGUACGUGCACCCGGACACGCGCGAGACCAUCGCCACCUUCCCCGCCAGCGCGGGGCUCCUGGACCGCGUCGAGGUCGUCUAUAAGACCAUGAAGGGCUGGAACACGCCAACGACGCACACCAAGACGUUUGGGGCCCUCCCUGUCGAGGCACGCGAGUACGUCAACUUCAUCGAGGAGUUUGUCGGGGUCAAGGUUCGGUGGAUCGGGUGUGGGCCGAGGAGGGAGGACAUCAUCGUCAAGGAGGAUUAGAGGAAAGGACUAUCUUGUCACGUUGCCGUCCGAGGUCGGGCGGAUCUUGCUUCUGGCGUUGGUAAGUUUUACUCUUUCCCUUGAACUGACAAAUGCCCGCAGAAGAGGUGGCGGGGCCAAGGUGGGAGGGAGAGAUCCCUCCACCUCAUUCCCCAACAGUCUCUUGGGAACGUAGUGAAGCAUUAUACCGGGAAAAAUAUUUAAAAACGGAACUCCUAAGUGCGUCUCGGGCCGAGUCAACGGCGGCAAGGCAAUGCCGUGCAAAGUGGCUGCGAAUUUGUUAGGCGAUCGUAUUGGUAGACAAAUCAUAAACUUGCUUGUUUG